AUGUUUCCCUCGCAGGCGGCCAAUUUCAACAUCGAGGCCGUCAGUGGCAUCUGUGGCUCCAUCUCCAUCGCCUGCUGGGUUGUGGUCUUCUCACCGCAAAUCAUUGAGAACUUCCGGCGUGGCUCGGCAGACGGCUUAUCGCUCUUGUUUCUGAUCGUGUGGCUGGCCGGCGAUGUGUUCAACAUCCUCGGCGCUGUCCUGCAGGGCGUGCUACCUACGAUGAUCAUUCUAGCGGUGUACUACACCCUGGCGGACAUCGUACUACUGGGCCAGUGCUUUUACUACCGCGGCUUCAAUAUCACCGAGGAACUAUCCUCUUCAUCACCUGCUCCCGAAUCCAGCACGCCCGCCGCGACGGGCGCAUUGAAUGCCACAGAUGGCAGUGGAUCAGAUGGCGCUGCCACUCCCACAGAGCGAUCUGCCCUGCUCCCCAAAUCCAAUGGCCACGUUGACAUAACCGGCCACGGACACGGCGAACACCCUUCGACGGCACGCACUUAUCCCCCCGCGACACCCUUCAUCGAGCCGACCCAGGACUCGAUACGCGGUACACGCUCCCCACAAGCACGCCGCCGCAUCUCAACCCUGCAAGCAAUCUUCUUCAACAUAACCGCCAUCGCGCUCGUCUGCACCGCCGGCGUGCUGGGCUGGUACGUCAGCCCAGGCUCGAAAACAUCGACAACCCCAGACCCGCUGAUCCUGGACCCGCUGGGCCAGGUGUUCGGCUACCUCUGCGCGGUGCUGUACUUAGGAUCGCGCGUGCCCCAGCUGCUCCUGAACUUCCGCCGCAAGUCCACCGACGGCGUCUCCCUGCUCUUCUUUCUCUUUGCCUGCAUCGGCAACCUGACCUAUGUGCUGUCCAUCCUGGCGUACGUGCCCGUCUGUCCCAGUGCGGCUGUCCUGAGUGAGCAGUCGCAUCGUCUUCAUGCGCGCUGUCGACCCGGUGAGGCGGCUGCUUUGUAUGGCCGGUAUAUUCUGGUGAAUCUGUCGUGGCUGGUUGGUAGUCUUGGGACGCUGUUGCUGGAUAUGGCGAUUUUCGUGCAGUUCUUUUUGUAUCGGGAUGGGAAGGGGGAUGAGACCGAUGAGGAGGAUGAAGGUCGUUGA